GCAUAAGGCUUUAGAAAAGCCUAGAAGACGCAUCAAUCGGUAGAAAAGAGAUGAAUACUGAUGGAAUUCUCAAAUUUACAAAUAUCCAGGAGACGAUUGGGGAUGAGAAACAUAGUAAUUUAACUUUUAACGGGUCGAAUUCUCAGAUAAACAUAAAAAAUUGUGAAAAAUUCUCAAAGUUUGAAGAUGCCGUAAAUGCCGAUUAUAAGAGAUUAUAUCACCAAACAACACUAGAUAGCCAAAUCCAUGAAUCAAACGACGAUAGCAUUGAAAAGACUCUUUGUUCAAAAAAUCCAGCCGAACCUUUUGACAUGGUUAAAUCGACAGGUGUCAAAGACUAUUUAUUUCAACAAUUAGAAAGGAUACAAGAUGAAAGGAAUAUAAUUCAGAAAGAAGUUAUGACACAAGUAAUUGAUAUUUUAGUGGAUAGAUUAAAUCUAGCCGAAUCCGAAGAAGGAGAACUAAUGAUCAAUAUUACUAAAUUGGUUAAUAAAUACUACAAUUGCCAGAGAGACGAUUGCGUUUGCUGUAUUAAUCACAAGAAGUGAUUAUACUGUACUUGAUUGUUCCUAGAAUGAAUUGACUAUAUUCAAAUGCAAAUAGCUGUUAGCCUAUAAUGGAUCUUUUUUUGUUGUAUAUUCUUGUAUAUAUAUAUAUAUAUAUAUACAGUAUACGGGCUGCCAGCCAAUUUUUAUAAAAUUUUUACAUGUAAAACUACUUCUUUUUGGCAUUUGAAAUGUUCAUCGUUAUUUUAUCUAAUAAUUGAAGAUGUUCAAUAAAUUAUUCAAGAAAGAAUUUUAUGUCAAUCAAAGAGUAAAAAAAACAUAAAAAGAAUAAUAACUUCCCAUUUAUCGC